UACCAUAAAAGCAUCAUCCAUGACGUCCAAGAAGUCCCUGAAGAUACUACUCUCCUUCCGAUCAGGUUCCUCAUUCAACUAAGAAAUGUUGCAGUGGAUUAUAUUAAUCACAUGCACAUGUUUAUAUAUAGUUCUGUUGAUCUUUUAAUGCAAUCAAAGAAACUCUAAGUACAUACUAAGUUGUCCAGAAAUUAUAAGUAAAAGAUGGCUAUUCCAGAAAUUUGUUUGAGCUCCGGAAAUGCAAAACCUAUGCCAGUUCUAGGACUUGGAUUAGGAGCUUCUGAUCCGACACCAGAAGUUAUAACUAAUACAAAGAAAGCUGUGCUUGACGCGAUUGAGCUUGGCUACAGGAUGUUUGAUACUGCUGCUUUUUACCAAACAGAGGAAGCUCUUGGUGAAGCAAUAGCUCAAGCUAUUAGUCGUGGCUUAAUCAAGUCCCGCGAUGAGCUUUUUAUUACCUCAAAGCUCUGGUUGCAUGAUAAUUAUGGUGAUCGAGUCCUUCCUGCCCUUCAAAAGAGUUUGAGGGAUAUGAAGUUGGACUAUCUUGAUCAGUAUCUUAUACAUUUUCCGGUGAGCAUGAAGGCUGGAUCAGAUCUUUUUCGACUUAACCCUGAGGAUACUGUUGCAAUCGACAUCAAAUCUGUUUGGACAGCUAUGGAAGAGUGCCAAAGCCUUGGCCUUACAAAAUCAAUCGGUGUCAGUAAUUUCAGUUGCAAGAAGCUUGCUGAUAUUUUGGCUUUUGCCAAGAUUCCUCCUGCUAUCAAUCAAGUGGAAUUGAACCCAGCAUGGCAACAAGGGAAAUUGAGGGCCUUCUGUCAGGCAAAUGGAAUCAAGGUUGCUGCUUAUUCUCCUCUAGGAGCAGCAGGAGCUUUUUGGGGGACGAAAGGAGUGUUGGAAUCCGAGGUUCUGAUUGAAAUUGCAAAGUCGAAAGGUAAGUCUGUAGCCCAGAUUGCCUUGAGAUGGGCUUAUGAGCAAGGGAUUGUUAUUGUGAUGAAGAGCUUCAACAAAGAGAGACUAAAACAGAAUCUUGAAAUUUUUGGGUGGGAGUUGAGCGAUGAAGAGUCCAAGAAGAUUGCUGCAAUACCGCAGAGGAGGGCAAACCUUGCGGAGUUCUUUAUCUCUGAAACUGGCCCGUUCAAGACACUCGAGGAGCUCUGGGAUGGAGAACUUUAAGGAUAUUUAUGUCAUAAAUAUAAUAGUAUAGGUGAACCAUCUGAAAUAAGGCACAUCGGCCAAUUUGUCAAUCCUGUUUUUUUCUAGUGAUAAUGUAUUUUAUAUUUUCGUUCGGUAA